AUGCAGUUGCCCGGACCAAAGGGACUUCCUCUGCUCGGGGUGGCUGCUGAGUAUAUUAUCAAUAAACGUAAAAUGAGUUGGAGAACUAACAAUUUUCAUAAAUAUGGCUCAACUAUGUUAUGCUGGGUGGGUCCGAUUCCAUUUUUGAUUACUAGGGAUCCUAAUGUCGUAAAGGAUAUCCUGAUAUCUUUUGAGUGCAUCAACAAGGCCAUGUAUCCUGUUAAUGCCAUAGAAAAAUGUGUUGGAGAGGGACUUUUGUCUUUGCGAGAGCCUCAAUGGAAUCCCCGCCGAAAGCAAAUGAACCCCGCAUUCAAGCAAAGUAUCUUGUUGAGUUUUAUACCAGUUUUCAGUGAUGAGACGAAUGCAUUACUUAGCUUAAUCGAUACUUUUGUCGGUCAGGGUGAAAGGGAUAUGUACUCAGAUAUACUUCGAUGGUCUUUUGGAGUAUCCAUUAAGACCACUUUGGGCUCUGAUAUUGAAGAAGAUGAGAACUUUAAAAACGACAAGCUAAUGAAGAGCUACGAAACAGUUGUGUCUCUGAUUACUGUCAAAUCCUUAAUGCCUUUGGUUCAGAACAAAACUAUUUCCAAACUUUGCGGUUAUGAAAGAAAGAGAAUAGAUGCCGCCUUUAUUAUAGACAAAACAAUUAAAAACGUUAUACAAAAGAGAAUGAAUGAGAGUGACUUGAAAAAGAAUUACACCCAAAGCUCAAAUAAAGUGAUUAACCGAGCCAUAGAACUAUUUCGAAAUGGAGACAUAAGCUACGAAGAUGUGAAGAGCGAGUGCAGUGUUAUGGUUUUAGCUUCUUUUGAGACAACUGCUCUAACAGUUUGGCACUGUCUUAUUCUGAUGGCCAUGUUCCCCAAUUACCAGGAUAUGGCAUUUGAGGAACUUAAGACCGUCUUCCCAACGAACGGUGACUUUGAAGUGACCGAAGAUGAUCUCCAGAACUGUGAAUAUUUGGAUCGAGUGCUAAACGAGACGAUGCGAUUGAUACCAUCUAUUCCUUUUAUCCCGAGAGAAACAUCCCAGGACUUUCGCCUUUCAAAUGGUCUUCUUAUUCCUAAAGGAGUUGUUAUGGGUGUUGACAUAUUCAACACCCACCGGAACAAGGACUUCUGGGGAUCAGAGGCAAACACUUUCAAUCCAGACAACUUUCUGAAAGAGAACAUCAGCGAAAGGCAUCCCUACGCUUUUAUACCCUUCUCAAAGGGCAGAAGGAAUUGCAUAGGCUGGAAAUAUGCAUUGAUGUCAUCGAAACUCGCUUUAGCCAAAGUACUUAGGAACUAUAAAACAUCCACAUCUUUUCGUUAUGAGGAUCUGGUUUACGUUGACAACAUGGGCAUGAAGCUGGCCGUACAUCCACGACUAGAAUUUCAUCGACGAGAUAAGGAUAUUUAGCUAAUUUAAAUGCAUCUAAAAUUAAAUCUCUUUUGUUUUUUAUAAUAUAUA